CCCGGGCAGCUGCGCUGCGCGUCUCCCGGUAUAUACAGUAUCCGGCUCGUUGACGCGCACGCGUGACGCACGCACGCACGCCCGGCGGUGGCCGUCCUCGUCUCCACACCCCGUCUUGCCUGGUCAAGUGCGGGCGGCUCCGCUUUUGCCCACCUGAGUCCCUCCCCUCAGCUUCGGGGGAGGGGGGGAAAGUGCGGCUUCAUACAACAGCUGGUGCAUCUUCCGUGCAAGGAGUAAGUGUCUAUAGAAGUUUCAAGACAUAGUUUACCUGAUUGGGAACAAAAACAGAGCAGCACUGGCUGAAGGCAUCUUAACAUGGGGAACCUUCUUAAAGUUUUGACAUGCACAGACCUUGAACAGGGACCAAACUUUUUCCUGGAUUUUGAAAAUGCUCAACCUACAGAAUUAGAAAAGGAAAUUUACAAUCAGGUAAAUGUAGUGUUAAAGGAUGCAGAAGGAAUCCUGGAAGACUUACAGUCCUACAGAGGAGCUGGACAUGAAAUACGAGAGGCAAUACAGCAUCCCACCGACGAGAGACUGCAAGAGAAGGCGUGGGGUGCAGUUGUCCCCCUAGUGGGCAAACUAAAGAAAUUCUAUGAAUUUUCUCAGAGGCUAGAAUCUGCUUUACGAGGUCUCCUCGGGGCCCUGACUAGCACUCCAUAUUCUCCUACACAGCAUCUGGAGCGAGAGCAGGCUCUUGCUAAGCAGUUUGCAGAAAUCCUUCAUUUCACGCUUCGGUUUGACGAACUGAAGAUGACAAAUCCUGCAAUUCAGAAUGAUUUCAGUUAUUACAGAAGAACCUUAAGUCGUAUGAGAAUCAACAAUGUCCCAGCAGAAGGGGAAAACGAAGUAAACAAUGAAUUGGCCAACAGAAUGUCCUUAUUUUACGCUGAAGCGACACCAAUGUUGAAAACCUUAAGUGAUGCCACAACAAAAUUUGUUUCAGAGGUAUGUAUGAAAGGAUGCAUCAAAGUCCUCAAAGACCAGCCUCCCAACAGCGUAGAAGGUCUUCUAAAUGCUCUCAGGUACACAACAAAACAUUUGAACGAUGAGACUACCUCCAAGCAAAUUAAAUCUAUGUUGCAAUAACAGUUACCUGCAAGGUGUGUUCCUGCUGUAAACAGUAUUCUGCAAUGACUGAGAUGCACAGAUUUUUUUUGAAAAAAAGUGAUUGCAACUACUAUCUUGUUCAGUCUUGCUUUUGACUUUCUUUUCCCGUGUCCUCUCUUCCAUUAAAAAAAAAAAAUCACGUUCUUGUCCUUGGGUAAGCUGAUAACUUCUUUUCUGUGCCAAAAUCAAUGAAAUGUAUCAUCUCUGGAAGGUAAAAUUUUUUUGUUUUUGUUUUGUUUGUUUUUUUUACUUUUCAGAGUCGCCAUUGUACGUGGCAGCUAAUUUCUGCAUUGCGUUAUGGAUUUCUCUGUAUGAGAGAAAGUUCUGUGACUUGAACUAAAUAUUUUUAAACGUGGUUUUUGUUUUCCUUUUUGUUUUUGAAAAACUAAUAUUUAAUAUUGCUUCUCGUGCAUGGCAAAACUGCCUAUUACUGCUAUUUAAAAAAAAAAGAAAAAGAAAAAAGAAAAAUCCUCAGUGACUUCAUUUUCUAUUGCAGCUUUUCUUAUGUGCAACCGGGAGGAAAACUUUAAAAAAAAAAAAAAAGCAGACUUGUUUAAAUUAACUGUGUUUGUACACAUGGUACCCAACACAAAGAUUUUUUUUUUUAAAAAAGAAAGAAACUAGUAAAAACCGUUCAUUUGUUUUUUUUAAAAAAAGUUAAGUUUGCAUUUCGACUCAUUUUUGUAAGGAUGUACGUUGUAUGUUUAAUAACUAAUGUUUUUCAAAAAAAAUAUGGUGUGUGCGUAGCCAAAUUACGUAUGCAUGUUUGUGUCAAAGGAUUGGCUGUGGAAACAAUAAAAAUCAGCUUUCAUUU